AUGUACCCGAAGAACCUUUUGCAGCGGCCGAACAAGUGGACCGAAUACAGCAUCACAAAAGCACCGCUGGCAAUUCGGAGCAAGAAACGCAGUCGAUCGAUGACCGAGACUGAUGGUGGAUAUGAUGAGGCGCCUCCAAAGAAAAAGAAAUUCCUGGGAGUUCCGGAAGAGGUCGUCCGAUUCGACGUCGGACCGGCAGGAUCCAGUCGUCAGCUCUUCACGGUUCCCAAGAAAUUGGCUGUGGAUCACUCCGCUGUCGUUGCUCGCAGGUGUCGAAGAAGCGGACCAAAGGACAUUGUGAUCAGACUGGAGGAUCACACACCGGAGACAUUCCUACUUUAUGUCGAUUUUCUCUUCGGCCACCUUCAGGUUUCUGGCUCGAGCUCGAGCUUUGAAGCCGGCGAUCGCAUGCUAGAGCUGGUUUGCUUGCAUCUGCUUGUCAGAAAUGUCGCAAAGCACCAUUGGCCAGCUAUGCGUUCCAGCAGCCAAAUCAUACCCAUGGUUCACAGGAUAAAAUUUGUCGCGGAGGUCGAAAAGGCAUCCAAGGAGAUGGUGACUUUGAGGGGUGCAGAUGCUGAUUUGCGCAACUCCAGCGAUGCUAGCAAGAGCUAA